UUGCAUAUAUACCAAAACUGUUAACAGUGCGGUUAGCAGAGCCAUCGAUAUCGAUAAGUUCCACGGCAUAGCAAGCUUAUAAAAACUGCCGCUAGAGGGCUAAGUCUUUGAGCAAAUUGUCAAAGUAUCGUUAAAAUUCAAAAUUAAAUAAGCCAUUUUUUCGAUAAUCAACUAUGUCAAAGAUUGGUCGUAGUCUAUACCGCCUGCAGGCAGACAAGACAUUAUUUUUGUUGUGUGAUAUACAGGAAAAAUUCAAGCCUGCAAUUCCACUGUUAGGGGCGGUCAUUGAAAACUCUAAGAAAUUGGUCGAAGCUGGAAAAGUAUUCAAUAUUCCGCUGCUGGUUACAGAGCAAUAUCCAGAGAAACUGGGACCCACUGUGUGCGAAAUAGACAUAAAACAUGCUUGUGGUGUUGUUCCAAAAACCAAAUUCAGCAUGGUUAUUCCACCAGUUGAGGAAAAGAUGAAAAGUAUUUUUGGGGGAACACCACAAACUGCGGUGCUGUUUGGCAUAGAGACUCAUGUUUGCAUAGAGCAAACCGCUUUCGAUUUGCUGAAUAAGAAGAUCAACGUUUGGCUUGUCGCCGACUGUUGCGCUUCGCGUCUCAAUCAAGACAGAGAUUUGGCCCUGGAGCGAUUGCGAGACAUUGGCUGCACCAUCACCAGCACGGAGAGUGUUAUUUUUAACCUGCUGAGCGACAAGAACCACAAGUCAUUCAAGGACAUCGCAGGGCUGGUCAAGAAAGUGUCAGCCGACUUGAAGAUUUGGCUACCCACAACAACAUCGACAGCAGCUGCCAAUAAAAAAUGAUGGCAAUGAUGGCGGCGCCCACUUUUGAUGUCCAUUUGCCCAUUAAGGGGUAGCAUUUUUGUGUAGCUCAUAGAAAUUAUGAAAGAAGUAAACGAAACGAGAAGAAACA